AUGAGGGAGAGACAGAGAGAGGGUUUAAAUUCGCCGAAUCUUCAAGCACACAAUUCAAGCAAGCUUCAAUUCGAACGACUUCUAUGGUGAUUUAUCUCCCUUUUUCUGAAAGCGGUGGGAUUUGAUCAUGGUUGAUAAUAAGUUGCAAAGAUUGGGAAGUUAGAUUGCCCUCUCCAUAUCCUGCAGUGGCGAGAGCCACACUGAACCAUUUUUUUAAUUUAUGAUUUUCAGCUACCAAAUUACUUGCAUGGGACAAGAGAGCAGUCAAAAAAAGCAAAUAUUUGAUUUUUGAAACAGUGAUUACAUGGCUACAAUGCCUUCCUCUGCUUCAAUUCUUCCAUGGAUGUGGGUCAUCGAAACCCUAGCAAGCUCCAAGAAAGUAGAUGCACCUCUUUUAAUUGAUCUGGUUAAACGGACCCCAGAAAUCUCUGAUGAUCUAGGCAAGAAUGCAAGGGAAAUGGUGUCCUUAAGAAUUAUGGAGAGUUUGUUUACUCAAGGAACAAGUAUCACUUGUGAUGCUGCUUCUGCCCCAGAUUCCAAAAUCGGGAUUGAUCCAUCAGACUGCUGUGAAGAUGUCCUUCGAAGCUUACUUCAUGAGACUUCUGCAUCAGAUCUGAAAAAGUGUGGGCCAGAGAUGUUGAAAUGGGAUGUUCAGCCUUUUCUUGCUCAUAAAAGAAGCUGUUUGCCCAAGUGUGCUUUACAACAGCUGAAGGAUGUAAUUGUUGAAGGCAACCAUCCACUUCUUGUAUCCUUGAAGAAAAGGAGUGGGUUGGAAAUUAGAAAUCAAGAUGAAAUUAGAAUUACUUUGGAGGAUGGGGAAUCCAAUGGCGUUGCACGAAGACUUGAGGGUAGCAGCACUGAUGGUCAAAAAAUUGCAGCAAAUGGGAACUUAAUGUCUUUGAGCCCUGAAAAUGGGGAUGACCUGAUCGAAGAAAAGUUGUCUAAUAGAAAUUCAUUACCUACUAAGAGGGUUAGGACUGUCUUGACUGCUGAAAAUCUGGAAGAACAAUCUGUGGACUAUGAUUUUAAUCUUCAUUCAAACUCCACCAAGAAGCUUAAGCAGGAUGCCACCUCUGCCAGAAAGGCUGUAGGUCAGAAUGCAGAUUGUCUACUUGGAACAGAACAGGUAGAAGAUUCAUCUGGUAGGAGUGUACAACCUACUGGAAGAGAAGGGUGUGACUUCUUGAAAGAACUUCAAGUGAGAGGCUUAGAAGAGAGCAUGUUUUCUGAGGAUGGUCAUGACGAGGAAUCUGCAUUGAAGAGUCCUGGGCAGAGUGGGGAUGUUGAUGAUGCUGACUUCCUGCAUAAUCAGAAGAAAAUUCCUUGCACUGGCAAUAUAUUUCCUGAAGAUAAAUCCGGAGAUAGACAGGGCCAAAAUAUGAGCAUUGAUGAAGCCCAAGAGAAUAGUGAAGGUCUUGCUGACAUGAGAGCAUCAGAUAGGUUACACCAGGAUGUAAACCAACAAAAGAUUUCUUCUGAUGGAGCCAAAGAUGAUUGUGAGCAGGGACUUCAACCAAAUGCUCCUAGCAUUGCACCCCUUAAUAAAGUUAAUGAUGACGUGAAUCAUAAUUGCGAACUAGAAAUGUCUAGCGAUAGUGAUGGGUAUCAUGAUGAUAGGAUUGAUAUUGCCACGAAGAAGAAUACUUUUUUGAGUUCUCAGUGCACACAGAGUCAAGAUUCAUUGCUAACAGGUAACUUCUCAGAGCUCAAUCUGUGUAUGAAGUGUAAUGAAGGUGAUUGUCUGUUGGCUUGUAGUUCUGAUGCUUGUCCAUUAGUGGUUCAUGAGAAGUGCUUGGGCUCUGCAGCCAGCUUCGAUGGUAGUGGAAAAUUUUAUUGCCCCUUUUGUGCAUAUUCUCGAGCAAUUUCAGGGUACCUGGAAGUCAAGAAAAAAGCUUCCUUGGCAAGAAAAGAUAUGGCAGCCUUUAUUGGCUUAGGAACUGAAAAACGACCAAAGAAGUUCUCCAAGAGAUUGCGUAGGUCAGUGCAGGAGACAAACAGCAGGAGGAAUUAUGUGAAUGAAGUUAGUAACUCUCUAGGCCAGGAAAAUAUGGAUGAUAAGCAACAGGCGAAGUCUUCAGUAUCUUGUAUUAAUGAUAAUCCACCUUGUGGAGAAAAAGAUUUAGUGGCAAUCAGUGAAACACUCGUUUCUUUGAGGAAUGGUAAACAAGUAGGGGAAAAUAUGGUCCAACAGUGCGGAUCUCCAAGAGGGCUAGAAGAACUGCAGACUGUGGUGCAACCUGUUUGUGACAGCGAAGCUGAUAAUUCAUCUCGCAGGGACACACAAAGUGAAAUGCAGCGAGGAGUUUUACAUCAACCAGUUACUGCAAAAUCUGAUCAUCCUGCAUGCCCCACAAGUUCUGAUUCUGAGGAAAAUUCGGAAGAAGAAAAUGAUAAGUCCAUUGCUUCUAAUUACUCCAUAAGAUUCCGGAAGCGAGACGUGCAGUAGUAAGUUACUUGUAUAUAAUGGUACAAAGGCUGUUUAUUUGCUGGUUGUUUUCUUUGAAUAUAAUUUUCACAUUUUUUUCUCAAAUUCUUCCCUCACUUAUGCCGUAUUUACUGGAAAAAUUUCUACAAGUACCAACUAAACACCUUUUUCUGCAGUAGUGUUCAUGGCCAUUGGGGUUUCUAUUGGUUUUUUUUUUCCUCCCACACUUCAACAUGUACACUUAUUCAGAUACAAGCAUUAGGUGUUGUGAUGGAGUUUUGGGCUUGCUAUUGACAAAGGAAUCCCUGUUUUAAUGUCCAGCACGUAUCCAGCAAUUCCUCUAUUGAGACGCAAGAAACUCCUAUGGACAAAAGUAGAGGAAGACACACUAAAGGAGGGAAUAAGGAGAUUUUCAAGUGUUCGUGAUAGAAAUAUUCCAUGGAAGAUGAUUUUGGAAUUCGGAAGUGAGGUGUUUCAGAAAGGUCGUACCACUAUAGACCUCAAAGAUAAAUGGAGAAACAUUUGCAAAGGAAGCCCAAAAUCUAAAUGAUGGUUUUAGCUACUUGGUCAGUUUGUGUAUUUAGGUAUCAAUGUUUUAUGUGCUUUUGAAGCGUUACUAAUGUGCUUGUGCUUAAGCUUCACAAACUCUUAAAUGAAAAUUGGUUGAUCAUGAAACUUCUUUUAUAGAUUUUUACCUUUCCUGCUGAUAUUAGAAGUUGGUGAUUUUGACCAAAAAGAUGCCUAAUUUUUAUGAUUUGGUUUCAUUCUUGCAUUUUUGCGCUAGUCUUCUAUUGUCUGGAGGCAUAUUUUGCUCGGUAAGUUUGCUAUAAAAUAUUCUAAUAUUGUACUGAAGCUAAUAUGACUGUGUAUUUACAUCUGUGCAGCCAAUUAUUGAAACACCUUAUAGCCCGGUGAUUGCCUACACUUUUGGUAGACUGGGAGGGGGUGUAUACUGUUCAUGCCAAGGGCAAAAUGCCACCAUCUAGGAACUACAUAUCCCGAGUAUUGUCAAACUUCUACUAGUCUGUAGAUUCAUUGUAAUUCUAAGGAUUUAUUCUCUAUGCCUGAUGGAAGAGCUGAAUUAUCGUCACAACAAACCUGUGCUUCUGGGUUUCAGUAAAAUCCUCAUAAAAAAAUAUAUCUUCCAUCAUUUUGUUUCUACAUUAGAAGGCUCCUCUGUCCAACAUUUGUUUUUGUGUUUCAUCUCUUUGAUUUUUCCUUUUAUUGAUGGAUGAAGAUGAAUACUUCUGGUUGUUCUUGGGUAACUAAUUAGGAGCCCAAUUUUGAAGCUCUUGGAGACGAGGAAGGGAAAUAAAGAUGAAGCUUCCAUGGAUUUAUUUUUUAUUCUUUCCAAUGUAAUCCAUGGAUAGCUAGGGGUCAGACAUAGUGCAAUGACAAGUGUUCAUAGGUCCAAACUAAACGUCGUGGGUUCUAAGUCCGGGAAUCAGCCUCUUUAAAAUGGGGAUAAAACUGUCUAGCACAUAUCUUUCUCAUGUUCUGUUAUAAACUAGAGUCUUGUACACUAUGUACAACUUUUUAGUGAUCCAUGGUUGAUACCGUCUUUCUCAGGUGCUCGGCGAAGUUGAUGGUUGAUACCGGUCUUUCUCAGGUUUUUGGCGAAGUUGAUGGUUGAUACUUGUCUUUCUCAGGUGUCUGGCGAAGUUGGUGGUCGGUGACGGUAUUUAUCAAGUGUUAGGAUGCUCCUGCAUGUAAACGAAAAGCUUGUGGUUGAUUCGAUGAGAGAAGCUUGAUUCUUGGGUUGCUUUGCCUUGUGAUGGCUCUUUUUGGUAAUUAUGUAUUGCAAAGACAUAUUGAUCAUUGUAUCUGUUGCAAAGCAGUGCUCUGAAGGGACUGAGUGUGUGCUUGGUACUUUGUUAAAACUAUCAAUCGGUUGAGGUAGUUCGAGUGGUAUGGCUUUAGUUGUUAAUACCUCGAGGUUCUAAGUUGUAGUUUAGCGAGUUGGGAUGAUUCUUGGUUAUCAAAAGACAUUUUUUAAGUGUUUAUAAAUUACAUUUUUGGUUGUUAUUUUUCCCUUUUUAUCCUAAGGUUGUAUUAAACACCGGAUUGGUCCUCGUAUCAUGUGGAG